ACAGGACAGCCGCAAGGGGACAGCUGUGCCGGCGGCAGCGGUCAGUUCACAUUUGAAUGCAAAUCUCCAAGAGUUGAGGAGUUGGCUGACGUCAGGCAGGCCUUAGUAUACCUUACCAUUUUGUCAACAGAGCCACAUCAUGUGAGACUGGAGACAGACUGGAACUACGUCGCAUUUCACUUUGGGAACACAUUUGGAGUAAACAGCAGAAGGAUUGUUUUUAACAAGUUCAGGGCAGCAAUGUCGCCUUAAAACAGGCCACAUAAUUCCCUUUGCUGCUAUUACUACAUUUCAUUGUUUUUUUUGUACAAAUCAUGUAUGUGGGAUACCUUCUGGAUAAAGAAAGCGGCAUGUAUCACCAAGGGCCAGUAAGAAGAUCAAGCAUCAAUCUGCCUCCACAGAACUUUGUUUCUACACCACAGUACCCAGACUUUACUGGAUACCAUCAUGUGCCAAACAUGGAUACGCACGCACAGUCUGCGGGAAGUUGGGGAGCUGCAUAUGGCGCUCCACGGGAGGACUGGGGCGCAUACAGUCUGGGACCACCUAAUACUAUUCCUACACCCAUGAACAACUCCUCUCCUGGACAGGUUCCUUACUGCCCAUCUGAGUACAGUCAUAUGCAUCCUCCAGGAUCUGCGGUGUUACAGCCGCCGCCGGACAACGUUACUGUCGCACAACUUUCUCCUGAUAGAGAGAGACGCAAUUCAUUCCAGUGGAUGAGUAAAACGGCGCAAUCAUCUUCUACAGGUAAAACAAGAACGAAGGAGAAAUACAGGGUAGUUUACACAGACCAUCAGAGGCUGGAGCUGGAGAAGGAGUUUCAUUUCAACAGAUACAUCACCAUCAGGAGGAAAUCUGAACUGGCUGUCAACCUCGGUUUGUCGGAAAGACAGGUGAAAAUCUGGUUUCAGAACCGCAGAGCCAAAGAGAGGAAAAUGAUCAAGAAGAAGCUGGGUCAGUCUGACGGCAGCGGGGGCUCUGUGCACAGUGACCCGGGUUCGGUGAGCCCUCUGCCGGUGCCGGGGUCUCUCAGUCCCACAGACAUCCACGGCUCUCUGUACCCUCCUCAGGGAAUGAACACCUUGCCAUCUAUCAGGAAUAUACAGCAAGUGACUGUGACUCAGUAAAGCAGUUCCCCCUCUGGACCAUCUAACAUAACUGAGCACUCCGACACGCUGACAGGACACUUGAUAGGCAGCCAGAAGAUCUGAACUGCACAAAGCUGUGGAUAAAAUAUUUGAUUUAUAGCAACGAAAUGCUGGAGGCUCUUGAAAUAUUGCU